AUAGUGUAUGCACAUGUUACCUAAUUUUGUAUUAUCGUGACGUAACUUGGAAACAAGAUUUUGUUAAUAAUUUACGUCAAUACAGAUAAAGAAUAUCGAGUUUCAAAAUAAAAAGAGAACUAAAGUAGGACUUAGGAAGAUCUAAAAUAAUAUAAAAUGGACAAAUAAAACAGAUAGCCGACAGUGUAUGUGCUUAAUUUCUAUUCAAAUUUAACUUCUUUUUCAUUCCAUAGUUUAUUUCACAAUGGCAUCAGAAGGAUCAAUUGUUCCCCUGCACGAGUUUCACGCGUUUGUCGUCAGGUGUAUGAAAGCAGUUGGGAUCUCAGAAGAACAUGGAUCAUCACUGGCUGAUCUUCUGGUAUCUGCAGAUUACAGGGGCCACUACAGUCACGGCUUGAACAGACUGGAUAUGUAUAUAACUGACGUGAAAACGAAGACAACCGUGGCAAUAGAAAAUCCAGAAAUUGUCAAGGAAACCAUAGCAACAGCGCUGGUAGAAGGCAACAAUAUUCUAGGACCUGUGAUUGGUCGGUUUUGCAUGGACCUUGCCAUUAAGAAAGCAAAAGACGCUGGCAUUGGUUGGGUGUCGGCACGAGGUUCAAAUCAUUUUGGAAUCGCCGGCUGGUAUGGUCUGUAUGCAUUAAAGCACAGAAUGAUUGGUAUGGCAUUUACAAAUACAUCACCUUUGUUGGUUCCCACAAGAGCCAAACAGGAAGUGCUGGGUACCAAUCCAAUAUGUGUUGCGGCACCAGCCAAAGAUGGCGAUAGUUUCGUAUUAGAUAUGGCUACCACUGCCGUGGCGUUAGGAAAGAUAGAAUUGGCGGACCGCAAGGACCAACCUAUACCUGUUGGCUGGGCAGUGGAUAAAGAUGGGAAAUCAACAACAGACCCUAAACAAGCAACAGGUUUAAGUCCUCUUGGUGGAGCAGAGAAUACAUCCGGGUACAAGGGCUAUGGAUUGUCAAUGAUGGUAGAGAUUUUCUGUGGAAUACUCAGUGGUGCCAAUUACGCUCACCAUGUCCGGAAAUGGAAGGAAUCUCAUAGACAAGCAAACUUGGGCCAGUGCUUUGUUGCAGUGGAUCCGGAAGCGUUUGCACCUGGGUUUGCAGACAGACUAAGUGAUCUUAUGCAACAUUGUAGGAAUCUUGAACCAGCAGAUGGUCAAUCAGAGGUGUUGGUAGCCGGUGAUCCGGAGAGAAUACACAUGGAAAAAUGUGACAAUCAAGGUGGAAUCUGGUACCAUCCAAACCAAAUUAAAAAUGCCAAUGAUAUAGCUGCGUCAUUACAAAUUGAGCCAAUGAAAACGCUGUAGAAGGCUGAACGCAAAUUCUAGAUCACAGUCAAAUGGACACACUGUCAAAACAUUUUUACUAUGUGCUACUGUUGUGUAUUAUUACAAUUACAGAUGAUAUACUUGUGUUGUGUUUAAACAAUAUAUUAAAAAGAAAGAAUCAAA